AUGGAUGACACAUGCUUGAUAUCAAAAUUGAAGCCACUCAGAAAAUGUGCAUAUCUCUGCAGUCUAUUUGCUGCCAUCACUGGAACACCCGUUUUAGGUCCAAAAAUUGACAUGAGUGCCUUAUUAUCUGUGACCAAGGGGCAUACAUUACUGUUGUGGUUCCUCCCGCAGCGGAAACAGCCCGGAGAGCGACCAGACGAUGUGAACUGCUGUAGCUGCGGCAGCGCCAUGUUUGAGCUGUUGCCCCCACUCCUGCGCGUGCCUCCUUGGCUCCGCUGCGCUGCAGUGAGGGAUCUGGAACAGAGUGGAAAGGAGGAAAGAAGCAGCAUUGCUUUUCUUUCACGCUGUAAAUUAGGCUACACAACAGGCUGUCUUAUACUCCACAGGUCGCGACAAUUGGCACUAUCUGUUGACAAAUUAACGGUUCUUAGUGAAUCAGCCAAUUUGACGUCGACACCUUUACGACACUUAUCACAACGUCUUGCUGGUUUUGCAGAGUUUCCUGCUAUUUGGUAUAAAGAUAACAAAAAACAAAACGAUGCAGAUUGUCCACUUUGCGCAGACCGCCAGGUCAAGCAGAUACUUCUUGCAAAGGGAAUAUCAAUCACAAAUAGUUAA